AUGCAGUUGCUGAAUGGGCCAAAUGUAGCAGAUCAAGGAAAGCUGACAGCAAGAGAACGAAUUCUUCUGCUGCUGGACCCCGACAGUUUUGAUGAGUAUGAUAUGUUUGUGGAACACAGAUGUUCUGACUUUGGGAUGGACUCUAAUAAGAACAAGUAUCCUGGAGACAGUGUGGUGACUGGCCGCGGACGGAUUAAUGGGAGACUGGCUUAUGUUUUCAGUCAGGAUUUUACUGUAUUUGGAGGUAGUUUGUCUGGAGCUCAUGCCCAGAAGAUCUGCAAGGUCAUGGAUCAAGCUGCCUUGGUUGGGGCGCCUGUGAUCGGGCUGAAUGACUCUGGAGGAGCCCGUAUCCAGGAGGGAGUGGAGUCCUUGGCUGGCUAUGCAGAUAUAUUUUUGAGAAAUGUUCUGUGUUCGGGAGUGGUUCCACAGAUCUCCCUCAUCAUGGGUCCUUGUGCUGGUGGAGCUGUGUAUUCGCCUGCUUUAACUGAUUUCACGUUCAUGGUGAAGGAUACAUCCUAUCUAUUCAUCACUGGCCCAGAUGUAGUUAAGUCUGUUACCAAUGAAGAUGUCACCCAAGAGCAGCUUGGGGGUGCGAAGACGCACACUGCUGUAUCUGGAGUCGCACACAGAGCCUUUGAGAACGAUAUAGAUGCUUUGCUUAAUCUCCGAGAGUUCUUUAAUUAUUUACCUCUUAGCAACCGUGAUCCAGCUCCAGUCUGUGAAUGCCAUGAUCCCAGUGACCGUUUGGUUCCUGAGCUGGACACAGUUGUCCCAAUUGAAUCUACUAAAGCCUACGAUAUGCUGGAUAUCAUACACUCCAUUGCUGAUGAAAGGGAAUUCUUUGAGAUCAUGCCUGCCUACGCCAGGAACAUCGUUGUUGGAUUUGCCAGGAUGAAUGGACGAACCGUUGGGAUAGUGGGCAACCAACCCAAAGUAGCAUCAGGGUGCUUAGACAUAAAUUCUUCCGUGAAAGGAGCCCGCUUUGUUCGCUUCUGUGAUGCUUUCAACAUACCGCUGAUUACUUUUGUGGAUGUUCCUGGAUUUUUGCCAGGUACAGCUCAGGAGUACGGUGGAAUCAUACGUCACGGUGCAAAACUACUGUUUGCCUUCGCAGAAGCAACUGUGCCUAAAAUUACUAUCAUCACCAGAAAGGCCUAUGGGGGCGCCUAUGAUGUGAUGAGUUCAAAGCAUUUAAGAGGAGAUGCAAAUUACGCCUGGCCUACUGCAGAGGUGGCGGUGAUGGGUGCAAAGGGUGCUGUCCAGAUCAUUUUCAGAGGAAAAGAGGCAGACGCAGAGGCAGAAUAUGUGGAGAAGUUUGCAAACCCCUUUCCUGCAGCCAUGAGAGGUUUUGUUGAUGAUAUCAUCCAACCUUCGAGCACCCGCCUGCGCAUCUGCCAUGACCUAGAUGUGCUGGCUAGUAAAACACAGUCCAGUCCCUGGAAGAAACAUGCUAACAUCCCACUACUGUCCCGAGUUGCAACUUUUACCUGCUGGCUGCAGCAACACUGGGUCUCAGGUUGGUAUUGAUGGCCUCCAGACACGGGUGGGACAGAGAAGAUGGAGCCAGCCUCCUCUUGAGGGACAAGAGACAAUGCGCCCAAAUUGGAAAAAGGUCAAUUCUGGUGGGACAUAAAAAUUU